ACUUAGUGCUUUUGUCAUUGGUGAGAGAACAACGCAAUCUCAAAGAUUAUGGUGUAUUUAAUUGUCAUUAUUGUGUAUAAGAACGUGUACAGGAUCACCUGGAUGAGACUUUGGUGUUAAUCAGACUGGUGUGAUUGGAAAAUGAUUGCCGCUUCUUUUGUCAAACACCUGGAUGGAGACUUAAAUCUUACUGCAAUGACACUACCUGUUGUGGUAUUCCUUCAAGACUCAUUAUAGGUACCGUGGUUACUUCUUCUUUGUUUAAAGUUGAAAAGUUAUGCAUGUUGAUGCAUGUUGAUAAAAGGUGUCCCUUUCUUCGUAACAAAGUUAUCCAUUUUUUGCAAAUGUUUACUCUUCUUUUUUUGUGCAAAGUUAUGUUAUUGAAAUGUUUCUGUUUUCUUUAUUUAAAAAAGUUUUCCGUGUUUUUACAAUGUUUCCUUUUCGUCGUUCAACAAAUGUUAAAAAUUCCAAAAAAUAUAACACCUUCUUGGAACACCUUCUUGGAACACCUUCUUGGAACACCUUCUUGGAACACCUUCUUGGAGUGACAUUAGACUUUUACAAAUAUCUGUUGUCGGAAACAAUGGACGAUGUAACACAUACUCAGUUGUAAUAAAUUAAAAUGGGAAUAUGUUGUUGUAACGAAAACAAAACAUUGUUGAUUUUUGGUUGAUUUCAUCUUAAAAAUUAGAAGCUAAACAGUACCAUUAUGUCUGUCUUUAUCACUGGGUUAACUUCGCUGAAAAAAAUGGAAGUCAUGUUAACGUUACUGGGUUAACUAUGGGUGCGAAUUGAAUUCAUAUUAACAAGGGAUGGAUAAACAUUUUCGGAGGCCUCAACCAAACAAGUCUAUGUUUUUUAAAAGAGAUCUUCUAAUUAUUACAAAUAGUGAAACUGGUUUGGCAAUCAGGGAAAAGGGGUUUGAAGUUGUAUUUGGAUUGAUCUUCAUUUUUAUUGUUAUCAGCAAAUGCGUUUAGAUAUCAUCUUAUAGUGUUUUAAAGUGCCAAGGAAUUUAAUUAUAACUUUAAAGUAGAUACGUGGCCAAUGAUGUAUUUAAAGUAAAAAGAUUAAUUAAAGAUGUCUCAAAAGUAGAGAAAUAUCGAAUGAUGUCUUUUAAAGUAGAGAAGUAAGUGUGAGUCUUGUUAGUAGACCAAUGAUGUCUCAAAAAUCGAAAAAUUGUAAAUGAUUUCCUGAAAGUAGAGAAGUAACCAAUGAUGUCCUGAAAGUAGAGAAGUAAACAAUGAUGUCUGGAAGGUAGAUAAGUAACCAAUGAUGUCUUGAAAGUAGAGAAGUAACCAAUGAUGUCUUGAAAGUCAAUUACUUUUAUAAGAUUCCUUCCUCGAUUGUCAAAUGUGCAAAUCUGUCCGCCAUGCCAUAGGUGUGUGUAUCAACAUAAAAUCUCCUCAUGUGUUUGUUUUUUCUUACACGCUGCUAUUUAGACAACUUAUUUCCACAAUUGAUUCUGUAGAACACAUUUAACCCAUGUCGUACAACGUUACAUAACGCAUUUAACCCAUAUGGUAUCAUUUAAUGUAACUACAGUAUUAAAAUCACAGUGUGAGUUGAGUAUAAAAACAGUGUGUAAGUAGAUUAUAAAAAAAACGGGUAUUAUAUAAGUAGUGUAUCUAAACCAGUGUAUAAGUAUAGCAUUAAAACAGAGUUUUAUGUAAGUAGAUUAUAAAACAAAGUGUAAAUAUAGCAUUAAGACAGAGUUUAAUUUAAGUAGAUUAUAAAACAAGGUGUAAAUAUAGCAUUAAAACAGAGUUUAAUUUAAGUAGAUUAUAAAACAAGGUGUAAUUAUAGCAUAAAAACAGAUUUUAAUGUAAGUAGAUUUCAAAACAAGUUGUAAAUAUAGUAUAAAAACAGAUUUUAAUGUAAGUAGAUUAUAAAACAAUUUGUAAAUAUAGUAAAAAAACAGAGUUUAAUGUAAGUAGAUUAUAAAACAAGGUGUAAAUAUAGUAAAAAAACACCCAUAAAAUGGACUUGCUUCAUUGGCUUCCGCAUCAGACAAAAUGAAGUAAAGAGUGGAGCACUCCCGCCUGCCAAAAAUGUAUGAUCAUAUAAUCAGUGAGAGCGUUGUCAGCGUUUUGCCAUUCAAUGGGGGUUUAAAGUGUUCAUUGGGGGUUUAAAGUGUUCAAUGGGGGUUUAGAGUGUUCAAUGGGGGUUUUGAGUGUUCAAUGGGGGUUUAGAGUGUUCAAUGGGGAUUUAGAGUGUUCAAUGAUGAUUUAGAAUGUUCAAUGGGGAUUUAAAGUGUUCAAUGUGGGUUUAAAAUGUUCAAUGGGGGUUUAGAGUGUUCAAUGGGGGUUUAAUGGGGAUUUAGGGUGUUCAAUGGGGCUUUAGAGUGUUCAAUUGGGAUUUAGAGUUUUCGGAAACAUGUUUGGUGGUGCUGUUUGCGUUUGAUACAAAGUUUCUUAAUACAAUAUAUUGAUUUAUUACUUUUAAAUUUUACAAUUGCAAUGUUAGAUGUCAUUUAGACAGCAGUUAAACAUUAGUAGACAGAAUUACUCAACAGUUUGACAGCAGUAGACAUCAGUUAGACAGAAGUAUAAAGCAGACAGUUGUAGACAGCAGUAGACAACUGUGGGCUGUCGCGAACCUUCUUAAAUUGUAUUUAAAAAAAAAAAAUAGAUUGUGUGUCUGAUUUCAGGCAGAAACUGCUUGUUAAUCUGCCUGCUACUCUGCCUGCUACUCUGCCUGCUACUCUGCCUGUUACUCUGAGAGAUGGGUACAAUGUGCACACGGCCAGUCAGAUGUGAAUCGAAGGCGUCAGACCAUGUAGGUAGAGUCUCUGGCAACUACGACUACAUAAACACCCGAUCUGACGUGUCUUUAAAGGAGUUGCAAAUAGACAGUAAAAAUAUCAAAGACACGUCAUCAAAUGAUCUGCCAGUGUACUCCAACAAGAUCACUUACAGCUGUGAAAACUGUUUAAAGAACGAGUUACAGACUGAAUAUCCGGAUGUAAGCGACGUUGUGGUUAAACACUCACCGAGGUUCGUGAUCACAGACGAGGAAAUCCAUUUCAUGAACUCUAAACUACUCAACAUCCUAAGCGAUGUCACUUACUGCAACUUUUCCGGAUGGACAGCUCUCAUUACAGCGUGUCACUCGGGAGACCACGGACUUGUGGAGCUCCUACUGCAAAGUGAAGAAGAUGUCAACGCCGCCGACGCCGAGGGCUGGAGUCCCCUGCUAGUGGCACUGCACAAUCAACAUAACACGUGCGUGGAAAUUUUACUGAAGUAUCGUGCCGAUGUUUGUCACGCGAGCAACAACGGGUGGUCGGCGUUGAUGGUGGCUGCGCAGUCGCUGAGAUUCAACGGUAAACACUAUCCACUUCCGAAUGAGAAAGACGGAUCGCACGAUACCCAAAUUUUUGAAACGCUUUUAAAACACGGUGCAGACCCGAAUCACUGUGGCAGCAACGGCUUGACCGCUCUGAUGAUAGCGGCUAGGAAAGGCAGACACGACGUUGUGGACCUGCUCGUGCGAAACAAGGCCAGCGUCUGUCACGUCGCAGAAGGGGGCUACAACGCCCUGAUGAUAGCCACGCAGUUCGCCGGCUACAGCACCAUCAAACUGCUGCUAGACAACGGGGCCGACGUGAACAUGGUCGCCAGAGACGGCGUCAGUUGCGUAUCACUGGCAGUUCAGUUUAGAGAUUAUAAAAUCUUGAAGCUGCUCGAGAGCAGAGGGGCCAACGUUUACUUUAACGUCGAGCAGGACUGGAAUCCGGUAAAGAUUGCGGCCAUGUACGGCCGGGCAAACAUACUUGAGAUGUUUCUUUCGCGGCACUUCAAUGAACAAAAAGGAGAGGUCAUGUCCAGUGCACUGAUCAUGGCAUCGAAGUACGGCCAUUUCGACACAGUGGACGUGCUCAUUAAGUACGGGGCCAACAUCAAUUACGUCCACAUUAAUAGUUACACAGCAUUGAUGAUAGCAUCAGAGGGCGGUCACCUGAGAACCGUUGACCUCCUUCUGAGAUACGGGGCCCAUGUUCAUCCUCAAACUAAAGACGGGCUUUCGGCGGCUGACUUAGCCUUGCACAAAGGUUACCAAGACGUGUUUCAGCUCCUGAAGGAGUAUGGAGCGGCCCAGUACACGGCCAAGAGUGACGGCCGUCCCACACACACGACAUAUCACGGACCAACCAAAGAACCUCAGCUCUACGACCCUGGUCGUUGUCUAACAGUGAUCAACCCUAGUGACACCAGAUCAGGUGAGCAUAUUUUAUUAUAUGUAUAUUUUAAUUGUAGCAGUAUUGUUUGGUUAAUGUAUUCCCCUCGCCCCCCCCCCAACCCCCCACUUUUUUUUUCUUUUUAGAUCUUUGAUGUACAUAAAGCAAACAAGUUUCAAAAUCUUUUCGUUUUUGUUUGUUUUUUUUACUAAAUCGUUUACAUUAAAUGCGCUUUUGUUCAUGUGUGUUCUGGGUAGCAAAAUCAUCAGACGGCUAAUUGACCCACUUCCCGUCAAUGUAUCGAGCUGCAACUUAGCACAUGGAUCCGUUGCCAAUGGCAACACAUUCUAUCAAUGUUUCAGCCCAAAGCCCCAACCCUAAACCCCAAAUUCAGGUUUUCUUGUUUUUCAAUGAGAGGUGAACGAAAUACACUGAUGACACUGAUUUCACCAAAUAAAAAAAAAACAACAACAAAUGUUGCAUCUGUGCCAUCUGCGUUUGGUGGAUAGUUUUCUUUUUUGGGUUUCUCUGAAAUAGUUGUUGAAAUAAAUCUGCGGUGUAGAAGUGGAUGGGUCAUUAUGAUGUUUAAAAUUUAGUUCAGGUGCGUGGAAAAGAUGUGUGUUGGGCAGCCGGGGGGGGGGGGGGGGUGAAGGGAAGCAGGGGAAAGCACUAAUUGCGAUUCUUACACCGUGCAUUACUUGUAUGCUAAUUCUCAAAUGUUUGAGCUUUCCCACCAACCCCCUCCCAACCCAUCCCAAAAAAUGGUACUCGAAUUUACAUUUUAUUAGAGAUUUAUACGAAAAACUAAGUUUUUAGAGGAUGUUUAAUUAAUAUAAUAUUGUAAUAAUGUAAUAAUGAUUUUGAUUAAUACAAGAUGAAUUUUUUUUUUUACAGGUGAAAUACUCAACUAUUAUUCUACAGUCUCCUCCAUAUACAGUUAAACCACACUGACGCCCCUGAUCGCGGCACACAGCUCACUUGGGAAGAGCAAUGAAGAUAUUUUGCAGUUAUUUUAUAGAAAUGUUUAAAUAUUGUCAAAAAUUGUUCGGCAUGAGAAGUUAUGAAACUACUUUUUUGUUGUAAAGUCC